UAAAACUGUUACUGUUUGGGUCCUGCGGGCUGUAUGGAAGUUCAGUGGCUAAGUUGUCAAGUUAAUAUAACUCGUGAGGUAGUUAAUUUAACCAAGUAACUGGCUAAGUUUUGAUUAAUGUGAGCUAACGAAGGAAAGUAAAACAAGCUGUCAUGACUGUAGUACUCGGGUUUGAGGGCAGUGCCAAUAAAAUUGGUGUAGGAAUCAUCAGAGAUGGUGAAGUGCUUUCCAAUCCUAGACGGACCUACAUCACACCUCCGGGUCAAGGAUUUCUGCCCAGUGACACUGCCAGACACCACCGUGCUGUCAUUCUGACUGUCCUGAAGGAGGCGCUUGAACAAGCAGGACUGAAACCUGCAGAUAUUGACUGUGUGGCAUAUACCAAAGGUCCUGGUAUGGGUGCCCCCCUGGUGACCGUGGCUCUUGUUGCCCGUACUGUUGCUCAGCUUUGGGGGAAGCCACUCCUUGGUGUCAACCACUGUAUUGGUCAUAUCGAGAUGGGCCGACUCAUCACCAACGCCAACAAUCCCACUGUGCUUUAUGUCAGCGGAGGGAAUACACAGGUUAUUGCAUACUCAGAGCGGCGUUACAGAAUAUUUGGGGAGACUAUAGAUAUUGCAGUUGGUAACUGUUUAGACCGGUUUGCCAGAGUUAUUAAGAUCUCCAAUGACCCUAGUCCAGGCUACAACAUAGAGCAGAUGGCUAAGAAAGGAAGUCAAUAUGUGGAGCUGCCAUAUACUGUAAAAGGAAUGGAUGUCUCAUUUUCUGGGAUUUUAUCCUACAUUGAAGAAGCUGCUCAUAAGAUGUUGAGCUCUGGACAGUGUACAGCAGAGGAUCUGUGCUUCUCUCUGCAGGAGACCCUCUUCUCCAUGUUGGUGGAGAUCACCGAGAGGGCCAUGGCUCACUGUGGCUCCCAGGAGGUGCUCAUUGUUGGUGGUGUAGGCUGUAACCUGCGUCUGCAGGAGAUGAUGGGGGUGAUGUGUAAGGAGAGAGGAGCCAAGCUGUUUGCUACAGAUGAACGAUUCUGCAUAGACAACGGUGCAAUGAUUGCUCAAGCAGGCUGGGAGAUGUUUAGGUCUGGUCAGGUAACUGAGCUGGAGGACUCAUGGAUAACACAAAGGUACAGAACUGAUGAAGUGGAGGUGACGUGGAGAGACUAAACAUCUCUUUGGUGUUACAUCCAGCAUGUUGUUGGAGCAGGUCUGUCCUGAUAUGGGGUAUGGCUUUUCUGUGUUCGAUUCUGUUGCAUCAGAAUUUUUUUGCUUUAUUAAAAAGCCAGUUUGUGUUUGGAGGAUGUUUUUGAAGACCAAUCUGUGGACAGUCUCAUGUUCUCCAUUAGUUUCCUUGUGUUUCAGGCUUGGGUGGGUAGUCACUGCAGCAUUGAGAGAUACACUGAAAUAUUCUGACUUUGCCACCACAAAUUAAACGGGUAAACUGUACAAGUAAUGCAGCUGUUAACAUCUGCAUUUGUUUUAACUACUUUUGUUGAAGGACAGGGCUCACAUUUUAUCAAGUUUGUUGUAAAAUUAAGGUGCCCAUUUUCAGUACAACAGCUGCUAUCAUCCCAGCAGACAUUAAAAGGUCUGGUGUGAAAGAUUUAGAUUACAGAAUUUAAUCAGAUACUUUCCUACUUCAUCCAUUUGUGUUUUCUCAGCUGUUUGAAUCUGUGUUUGAGUGUGACCCAAAAUCAAUAUCCUGUAACUAAAACCCCAAAACAGACAAAAGGCAGAUGGUUAAAAUCUGCAGUUUCAGUAAUAUCCACUAUAUAGACAAAAAUAUGGGACACAUCACAUGUGGAGCUAGUAGGUAUAGUUAUUUAUUUGAAAAUGAAUAAAUUGUUCAUGCAAGUUGUCUGUAAUUAGGAUAAAUGUCAAAUUAAUAUUUCUUUUAAGGUCAAAUAAUGAUUUUUUUAAUUGAGAAAAUUGGCUUAUAAUUAUUUAUGCUAAGAAACAUGACAUGUAUUUCAGAAAUCUAGAGGUAGAACAUUUAAAACAAUUACAACAAAAUUCAACUAUUAAUCUAAACAUUUCAGCAAUUUCCAUGAAAAAAAUAUUGCCAUGACAUUUAUGCUAAUAAAAAACUAGAUUAUAUUUUGUCAUCCUUUCGUAGUCUGUCUGCAAUGUAACACCUGAAUUAAAUGUCCCAAUACUUUUGUCCAUGUUUUACUAAAUGGUACACACAGAACCUUUAUAAAGGUCCCUUCUUAAUGUGCCUUUAGUGGUUGUUGACAUGUAUCAUAAGUUAGUAAAAAUCAGCAUGUAAAUCAAGUCUAAGCAAGCUUUUUUCCCCCACCAGUCACAGUAUGUUCAUUAGUGAUGGCAUUCUCCUGUACCCAUAUGUCUUGUGAAUUGAAAGGAUUCUUUUUCUAUUCACACAGUUGUAUUUUUAUGUUUGGGUGAUUCAUUGCAGUUUUAUGUCCUCCCGGGUCAAACCUGUCACAUAUACAGUGACAUAUUAACUGUGUACUCAUGUUGAAAUGGUUGUGGAUACAUGUCAGGUGCUUUUUACAAAACUAAAUGUAAAGACAAAUAAAAACUUGCAGAAUGUGUCAAGUUUAUUCCUCUUUAUUAAGCAAUACUGUUCACUUACAUUCCUUCUCCAGUGUAAAUUUUAUUAUUCAAUAAAUUUUCUUUUCAAAAAUCAACAUACUGAACAUGGUAAAAUCCCUAAAGGAUUCAUGGAUAACAUUCACCCAAUCAGGGAACCAAAUGAAAACAAAGAACGGAUAACAGCAUUAAGAUCUAACGGGUAAAGGGUGAACUCUAUUGUGCCUUUGACUACACCCUUCUGUAAACCGAAGACAUGGUUACACAAGUCCUCUGCAUACAAUAAUAAAACUCAAGCAGGUACAAGACAUUCUUCCAUUUAUAAUCAAGAGGGGGCAC